AAGAGAGAGAGAAAAGAAAAACGAAAAAAGGGUGUAGAGAGAGAAAGUGAGGAGAGAGAAACGAACAAGACUGUGUCUCACAUCAUAUGGCCUCCAUGCCCAUGGGGCACCACCAACACCAACCGCCGUCAGCGGCGUUGCCUUUGCAGCCAUCACAACCGCAGCAGUCUCAGCCGCAACACGAAGUGCCACGCCGGAGCUCCGAUAUGGAGACCGAUAAGUUGCAGGAUAUGUCAACUACUGUCAUUGAGGGGAAUGAUGCCGUCACAGGCCACAUAAUCUCCACCACUAUUGGAGGCAAAAAUGGGGAACCUAAACAAACAAUCAGUUACAUGGCAGAACGUGUUGUUGGCACUGGAUCAUUUGGAGUUGUUUUCCAGGCAAAGUGCUUGGAGACUGGAGAGCCAGUGGCUAUUAAAAAGGUCUUGCAAGACAGGAGAUACAAAAAUCGUGAAUUGCAGUUAAUGCGUUUAAUGGAUCACCCAAAUGUAAUUUCCCUGAAGCACUGUUUCUUCUCCACAACAAGCAGAGAUGAACUUUUUCUGAACUUAGUAAUGGAAUAUGUCCCUGAGACAAUGUACCGAGUUAUAAAACACUACAAUACUAUGAACCAGAGGAUGCCUCUCAUCUAUGCAAAACUGUACACAUAUCAAAUCUUUAGGGGAUUAGCAUAUAUCCAUACCACACUGGGAGUUUGCCAUAGGGAUGUGAAGCCUCAAAAUCUUUUGGUUCACCCUCUUACUCACCAAGUUAAGCUUUGUGAUUUUGGGAGUGCCAAAGUUCUGGUCAAGGGUGAAUCAAACAUUUCAUACAUAUGUUCACGUUACUAUCGAGCUCCAGAACUAAUAUUUGGUGCAACAGAAUACACAGCUUCUAUUGAUAUAUGGUCAGCUGGUUGUGUUCUUGCUGAACUUCUUCUAGGACAGCCACUAUUUCCUGGAGAAAAUCAGGUGGACCAACUUGUGGAAAUUAUUAAGGUUCUCGGUACCCCCACACGAGAGGAAAUUCGUUGCCUGAACUCAGAAUAUACAGAUUUUAGAUUCCCUCAGAUUAAAGCUCAUCCUUGGCACAAGGUUUUCCAUAAGCGAAUGCCUCCGGAAGCAAUUGACCUUGCAUCCAGGCUUCUCCAAUACUCACCUAGUCUCCGUUGCACUGCGCUGGAAGCAUGUGCACAUCCUUUCUUUGAUGAGCUCCGCGAGCCAAAUGCUCGUCUACCUAAUGGCCGUCCAUUGCCCCCGCUUUUCAACUUUAAACAGGAAUUGGCUGGAGUAUCACCUGAAAUGGUCAAUAGGCUGAUCCCAGAGCAUAUUAGACGGCAGACUGGUCUCAGUUCCCCUCAUUCCACCGGUACAUAAAUAUAAAGGGAUAAUGAAACGAUGAGUAGCAAUUGAUGUGAAUCAACAGAGGGGCUGAUUGUGGCCUAUAUAUAACUGGGGGUUCCAGCUUAAUCUGCAGUUUUCCCCCCCUUGUGAAGAUGUAUACAAGUGCUGGUUGCUCGGCAUUGCAUGAAAGUUGGUGAUUCAGUCUAGUAUUUCAUUCUAGUUAAGGCAUACUUAUCCCUGCAUCUGUAUAUUGUUUUGGUCAGAUUUCAGAAAGCUAGGAGUAUAAAAUGAUAGCAACCAUGUCUUCAUAUGUAGAGGGGCCCACCUGAAUUAUGAGGGGCCCCUGUUGUAGUUUGGCUUGUUUUUUAUGUGAUCAUAUUUAUGAUGUCGUUUAUAAUAUGCUUAUGACAAAAUGUUGAUUCAAAAUAAGAAAUUUCCUCUCUCUUUAA